AUGAACGAGUACGAUAACAACUUUCUCACAAACCACCAAUUUAUUUUGACAGGUUGUCCAGCCCCAAUAACCGGAUCCGUUUGUGUUAGACAUGCUUUUGAGGUGUUUAGACGCUUCAAAAUUUGUAAGAUUUCGAAGAAAAAGUACUAUGUAGUCGCAUCUGCACAGUUCAACAAUGAUUUGGACACCGAGACCUCAAGAGAUAACGGUGUAAUUGGAUUCAGAAUACAGGGCAAUAGUACUCUAAUAGACAUUAAUGUUGUACUCUCUGAACCUCAGCCACCUCUUGAAUAUGUGUUAGUUGACCUUCAUGCUCCGUCAGAUUUUUAUUUGAUUCCUUCCGACUUUGUAAACAGUCUUAAUACUUUUGAUAUCAAGAAGCUUGGAUGGAUGAAAAUUUAUUCAACUACUUCCAGACCCGGAUGUCGCUCUCCAAAGGGCUCUUGCAGUCUCAAAGUUGAUUUACCUCCCCAAGACGUCUUGAAAACCAUCUCCAAACCACUUAUGAACAACUGUUUGACGCUCUAG